UUAGCCCGCUGCCCAGCCCUUUCCCAGGCGAGCUCUACCGGCCCCCGAAGCGGCUGAAGGGCUGUGUGGGCAACACCGACAGUGGAGAUGACACAGCGGCGUCAUCACGACACAGCGACCCUCGCUCUGACCCGUGGAUUGUGAGGGGGUGUCACCGCAGGGACGUCGCGCUUUAGCCGGGCCCCGAGCUCUGCACUGAAAGCGGCUCCUCGUGUGAUAGGGCCGGGGACCAGGUGGCAGAGGGAGCGCGGAGCCUGGUGUCUCCCCAGGACCGGGGGGGGGGGGUUAGCCUCCCCUCAGGGACAAGGGGAGGCCGGCAGCCCCUCGCAGUCCUGCUCCCCCACUCAGGGGCCGCUCCGCUCCCUGCAUCUCCGCCGCACACGCCGCCGGGGCCCCGCCUGAGCGACGGCGCCGGGGGCCGCAGCGCGCAUGCUCGGCGCGGGCGCCAUUUUGGUGGGGCCGGGAAUUAUCCAGCGGGAGCGGCGGAGCUCGCUGGGCCCGGCUCGGAGGCAGCGGCGAGUGGGUGCCGGCUGCGGAGAUGGCCAACAUCGCGGUGCAGAGGAUCAAGCGAGAGUUCAAGGAGGUGCUGAAGAGCGAGGAGACGAGCAAAAAUCAAAUUAAAGUAGAUCUUGUAGAUGAGAAUUUUACAGAAUUAAGAGGAGAAAUAGCAGGACCUCCGGACACACCAUAUGAAGGAGGGCGAUAUCAACUAGAGAUAAAAAUUCCAGAAACAUAUCCCUUCAAUCCUCCUAAGGUGCGGUUUAUCACCAAAAUAUGGCAUCCUAACAUUAGCUCGGUCACUGGGGCCAUUUGUUUGGAUAUCCUGAAAGAUCAAUGGGCAGCAGCAAUGACUCUAAGGACAGUGUUGUUAUCAUUGCAAGCACUGUUGGCAGCUGCAGAACCAGACGAUCCACAAGAUGCAGUAGUGGCAAAUCAGUACAAACAAAACCCAGAAAUGUUCAAACAGACAGCUCGACUUUGGGCACAUGUGUAUGCUGGAGCACCAGUUUCUAGUCCAGAAUACACCAAAAAAAUAGAAAACCUUUGUGCUAUGGGCUUUGAUAGGAAUGCAGUAAUAGUGGCCUUGUCUUCAAAAUCAUGGGAUGUAGAGACUGCAACAGAAUUACUUCUGAGUAACUGAGCCAUGUAAAGAGCUGCUUCUGUAGUCCAGCCUGCCCUUUCUGAGGAGCAUCACCAUCUGUUAUUUUUAGGAUUCUAUAUAGAUUCUCUUUUAAAACUGUGGCACUCUUGCCUGAUGAUGCUAUCUAAGCACUAUUGGAGACUGAAAAACCGCUCUGUAAAUAAAGCUAAUUAAACGUCUGUGUAAAUUUAAAAGGGGAAAUACUUUAAUUUUUUCUUACUAAAUAUUGUAAAAAUUCUUUGAGCUCAGCUAAAACAAUGGGGUGGGGGGGAACAUGCCUACUUUAGUGUUUAGCAGUGUGACCAAGACUAGCAGGAAUUUGCUUCAGGAUUUUGAUUUAAUCAUUCAGAUAACAUUGAGUGUCAAAGUCAUCAAAAUUAUUGGUGUCACUCAUCCAUCUAUCUUACUGUUUUUAACAUGGAUCCUAUGUGCCUGUGGAUUGACCUAUAUUUGCAUGCUUGUACUUUACUAGACAUUUUAGAUAGGGUAGCUGAAGAGAGCACCAUUUAAGUACUUGAAUGUUUUUUUUUUUUUCCUGAAAGCAGUUUCAAGAUUUACCAAAAGUUCAAAAUGGUGAUCUGUUCAGAACCUCUUUCUUAGUCAGAUGACUGGGAAAUCUGCUUAUCUGCCCUCUCCAACAACACACACCUACAAUAUCAUUCUGGAUUCCCUUCCAUAAUCUGUGGGUCUGGGUGCCGUUAACAGUAGUUUAGUUGCCACUUUUAAAUGGUAUAUUUUGAAUAACCAGUAAAUGUGUUUAACCAUCAUACUUGCUACACAAUCAUAAAAGUUUGGUAUGUCAGCACAAAAAAGUGGAGCUGCUUUUUUUUUUUUUUUUUGUUAUAUAGAGGUCAGAACUCCUUCAAUAAAUUUGGAUAGUAUAAAUUCAUUGGAUUUGGGGGAAGAACAACUGAUUCUCUUGUAUACUGAGAAUUU